CCGUCCACUGCAAGAGGCGCAAACCAAUGAAGCGGUGCCGGGGGCAGUGCCCUGUCUGUGUGACACUCAUCGGCAAGACACAAGCACUGCAGGCAGGUCAGCCACUCAUGUCAGCCAUAGGGGCGUCGUCAGCCAUGAGUCAAUCGGCAGCCACUCAAGUAGUCAAUCCCCGCCAGCCAGUCGCACACACACACACACACAGGCGAUUCACUGACUGCACAGACCAUCCAAGUGGAUGGAUGGAAGCGCCUCUGCCCCUUCUCAUGUCUGUAUGUCUGUAGUGCUAAGUCCCUCUGUGCCCCCUCCCCGUCUGUCUGUCUGUCUGUCUGUCCGCUCACACACAAACAAAGGUGCCGAAGAUGCUGUCUAUCUAAAGGUCGUCGCCCACCUCUCCCUCCCUCCCAUCACUGCUAUGCCUCACCGACCCGGCCCCCCGCCGCCCUGGUGCUGCUGGCUGCCUUCUGGCUGGCCUGCCUGUGGGGGCGGUGGAGGGCGGCCUCCUCGGAGGUCAACCGGUGGCCACAUCGGCCGCACCGCAGGAUACAGUGGUGGCUGUGCUGUCAGCGGCAUUGGAGUGGCCGGUGGUCGGUGGGGCGGUCGAGCCGCCGCGCCGAUGUGUGCAGCCGGGGGACGAACGAAGGCUGAUGGGGGCGGUGAGAAGGGGUGGUGCUGGGGCGGGAAGGGGACAGAGGGGAUGCGGUGCAUCGGGUGGGGUAUGUGGUGCAUUGGGCGGGGUAUGUGGUGCGCCAGAGGGGGAGCGGCGAGCACCUGUGGGGCGACAGGGGGGCGUCCAGCCACCGCCGAGUCCACCUGACCACACACACAGACACCAUGGACGAAUGUGGCCACGACGGCUUCCAGUGGUGCGUGUCAAGUGCGAUAUCUUGCAUACCCCUGGUUUGCGAGCCGCCGCCGUGUUUGGCGUGGUGUCUUCUCUGCCAGCGCCGCGAUGUGGCGGCUUCAGGGAGGCCGGAGGAGGGGCGGUAGGGCUGGUGGACGCCCUGCUCCGCUCUGCCUUGUCGGCAGCCACCUCCUCCUCCUCCUCCUUGGCCUUGAACCAGGCCAGCUGGGCCUUCAGGUUCGCCACCUCACUCUCCAGCCCCGCGUGGACGCUCUGUAAGAGACAGCAUACAGACCAUUUGUGUCGAAGGUAUCUUUGUGUGCAGGUGCUGUGUGUGAGUGGUGCGGUGCUUGUCGCGUGCGUACCAGCCGGUCCUUCAUAGCGGCCACCUCCCCCCUGAGGGCCUCUGCCUCGGCUUUGAGUGGUGCCUGGCGCCUCUGAGGAGACAGAAGGAUGACAGUGUCGUCAGCUACCGACGACGCGGCCUCAGCAGCUGAUGUGGAGCCCUGAGCAGACAGACAGACAGACAGAGGGUGUAUGUGUGUAUCUGUGUGGUAUGUUCAUCGUGUCGUACUUGACUUGAGGAGGAGGCCGCGGCAGCACCGCCAGCAGCAGCAGCACUCGACACGACCUGGGCAACAGCCGCAGAUAAGCAAUGGACACAAUACAUACCAUCGUCAGUCAAGGCGCACUGCUUGUGCUUACGGGAUGCAUGUGUGUGGCGGAGGGUGGUCUACUGUAUGGGCAAGAAGCCAUCCAAUAUGAUGGCUGUGAGUUGGCCUGCGAUGCUUGCUCCUCCUGCAGACGGUGACCAAGGAGGGGAGACGACAAACAGGUCUGCAGCCUGCCUGCCCGUGACUGCGCUGCACGUUGGUGUGUGUACCUACCUCUUGUCGGCGCUUGUCGUGGUCCAAUGUUGACCAUCCAGGAUGCGUCCCCUCAUUGGCCCUCCGCAUCUCAUCUGAGCAGACAGACAGACAGACAGACAGAGAGACAGAGAGACAGAGAGAUGGAGAGAUGGAGAGAUGGCAGAGAGCUGAGGCAUCUGUAGGCAAUGUGUUGGUUCCCUUGCCCACCCAGCCCGGGACUCCACGGGUAUCCAUCAGCCUCAGCCGCCCUCGCCCUCACGUAAUAGUCCAACGGGACGAUCCUGGGGGCGCGGCAUUUGGAAGGUGGAUCCAUCUGAAUGCCCAACAAAGGUUACUAACGGACAAGCGGAGAUGUGUGUAGGGUGUGUGUUCAAUCACCAGCCAGAUCCAGCCCCUGUCGAUGACGUCACUCUCGAGAUUGUACCGCCACAGCACACGGCGCCACAGGGGCAUGGACUCCGGUAAGCGCUCAGCGACCGGCUGAGACCGAUCCCCUCCUGUGUCGGUCGUCCGCAGCACGAUGUAGCCAAAUGCGAUAUAGAGGUAGGCAGCGACGGUCUCGCCCGGCCGGAAGCCGCUCACCAUCACACGACGACCGUCCCUCGCAUCAGCAUGAUUUAGAUCGCCAUGGUCAAAGCGUUCGUCGACAGUGAUGCCCAAAUCCCCUGUAAUGCCCUCGGUCACCAGCCGGUCAUAGCGAGGGUCACGGCCGAUUUUUGCAGUGAGCACCGUCAUCUUGACCCCCCCCCCUCCAUCCCACCACCAGAAGUGCAGCCUGUCCAGCAGGAAUGCCGAGAAUGAGCGGAAGAGACAGCCGCACCGUCGGAUGACAGGGUCACUCCGCUUGUAGCCGUCAGCGUAUGGAUGGCCGCCCGGCAAGUCACCCAACGGCACCACGCGAAAGGGCGCCUCAUGGCCGAUCCAAUAGCUCCCGUCAUUGCCGUGCUGCAGCGCCAGGCUGCAAUGACGCUGCAGCGCCAGGCGGGUCCCCAUGCGUGUCAGCAGGUGGCCGACGAUCUUGUAGAGGGCCAUGGCCAGUGGCAGCUGGUGGAAGGCCGCUGCUGUGGGCAGCGCGUCAGCCGACAGACGGAGAGGCCGCGUCGCAUCAGCAGGGGUGAGCCGGUAGAUGAAGAUUAGCCGAAGGAACCGACCCAUUGCCCGCCACUCCUCGCCACUGCCCCGCUCCAGCACAUAGAUCACCUUCAAGCCGGCCUCCACGCCACCAUCAAUGUCGAAGGCCAAGAUGUCCGCCAGCCCGAGACGCCUGAUGGCCUUGUCGAUGUGCUGCUGGACGCCGUUGAGCAGGGUGCUGUUGGCGGUCUCCGCAGUGUGGCCCAGCAGCUCCUGUUGCCGAGUGCGGGUGGCGAUCUGCGAGCGGAGAGCGGCUCGUUUGGCAUCGUCAGUCGACACGGCCAUGGCGGCCAUCUUGCUGAUGGGCAGUGACAGGUCAAAGAGCUCGGCGGGCUGGGAGAGGGGAGGGCUGGGGGGACGGGACGCGCUAGCCGACGAGGCGCCAUGCAAUGCCAAACGCGCCUGCCGUCGUUCUGACUCGCCAAACCCAGGAUACCUCCCCUCCCGGAUCAUCUGCAACUCCUCUGUAUGCGCACAGGCAGACGAGCGGCAGGUUGGCUGAGAGAUGACGAUGUGUGUGGCUGCUGUUGCCCACCAUCAAGUGUGUCGUGUUGGUCUUCAUCUACUUGGCGGCGAUGGUGCCUGGCAGGAUCAGCCAGGGCCUGCCGAGCGGCCGCGUCACGAGGAGCUGCAGCAACCAACACACCGAACUGAGUAAUGCAGAGAGCUCUCCAGCUGGAGAGGUGUGUGGCAGGGUGUGGGGGGCAGAGCUCACCUGAGCUGCGAUGAUUGCCGCUAUUGUCCAUGAGUCUCAGUGCUCGGACGUUGACCGACCGAGUUGGCUACGCUCCUGAAUACCUCCCUUUCCACACAGAAGGCGUCCCCCUCCCUCCUUCUGGG